AUGGGGCAGGCGUACACUAGGGAGGGUUCCCAACCAGUGUUUGGGAGCAAUUCGAGGCGGGGAGGAUGGUACAAGAGCCUUGAGGAUGGCUUUGAGAAUCGGUCGUCUACUGCAGGGUUGAGUGCAGGCAGCGUGACGAGACUUGCAAUUUACAAAGCUCCGGAGGGAUUCUGCGUCAUGAUCGUGUCCUUUCGAAAAUUCUCUGGGAACAAUCGAAGAGGGACCCGAAGCUUGGGAGCUAGGCAGAUACCGCCACGCGAUAAUCCUCUGUAUCUUCCAGAUUUUGGAACCAACGGAGGGGAAAGCACAGUAGGGGCUGCUGAAAGUAUGUGUGGUCGUGGGGUGUUGAUGCCCCACUCCCCCUUUCGUCGAGAACUUGGGGAAAUGGGGGACGAUGGAUGCGGCACACAAACGAGUCUGGCGGGUAAUACGCUUAUUGUUGGCUUGUAUGAUUCCACUGGAAGCCAGCCAGCGUAUCAUGAUUCGAAAUACCAAAUCUCCGAAGACUCAACUUUCUGGCCCGGGACUCAGGCAGGAUAUCACGCCGGCAGGCCAACUCCUCGCACUCCAUCCCCGUCCUUUAAGCGACAAGCAGAUGGUCAAUUCCAGAUUACAGGCGAGCAUUGCCGACCCACAAAACCUCGCCAUCUCAUCAUUAUCGAGACCUAUGGGGCAUGCAUGGGCAAGGAUAGGGAGGGCCUAUUUGGUGAUACCUAG